AUGCCAAUUCAACUGGACUAUUUAAAUUUUUUACAAAAUAAUUUGAACCAAACACUCUACGAAGCUGAGGUUCCAGAAGACAGAAUAACAGAAAUGUGGCUACAGCACGACGGCGCCCCUCAUUAUACACGAGCAGUUGGAAAACAUUUGAACGAGCGCUACCCCAACCGGUGGAUUGGUCGAGGCGGAGCUAUUAUACCGAUCGCCCGAUCUUAA